AUGUUCCUAACCUUGAAAGUAUUAAUGAGUGUGAAUGAAGUCACGCGCAUUCGCGCCGGUGCUAUGGCUGCUAUCGAAGCCCGUGGCCAUUGGGCUUCGAAAACCGAAUUCAUCCUGUCGUGCAUGGGAUACGCGAUCGGGUUGGGUAACGUGUGGCGCUUCCCGUAUCUCUGCUAUCGCAACGGUGGUGGUGCCUUCCUGGUGCCCUACCUGCUGAUGUUGGUGCUGUGCGGGAUACCGCUGUUCUUCCUUGAGGUGUGCCUCGGUCAGUUCAGUGGAACCGGGUGUGUGACGGUGUUCAAGAUCGCACCAUUGUUCAAGGGUGCCGGUGUCGCGAUCAUCGUGAUCAACUUCAUCUGCACGGCGUACUACAAUGUCAUCAUAUCGUACCCGAUCCUGUUUCUGUGGCGAUCGCUACAGACGCACCUGCCGUGGGAGAACUGCCGGAACGCGUGGAACACCGAUCGGUGCUUGGAGUUGCGCGACGGUCAGCACAGGGACAUGUUUCUCAACAACAGCACAAUGGGUCACUUCCGUACACCGGCUGAUGAGUUCUUCCACAAUGAAAUCCUCCAGAUUUCGGACGGUAUCGAGCACCCGGGAGGUAUCGUGUGGCCCCUGUUCGUAUGCAAUGUGCUCGCAUGGCUCGUCAUCUUCUGCUGCAUCGCUAAGGGUGUCGAGUCGGUCGGCAAGGUGGUCUACUUUACGGCCACCUUUCCGUUUGUCAUCCUCGCGGUACUGCUCGUACGGGGCGUGACGCUGCCCGGCGCGCUCGAGGGCAUUCGGUUCUACAUCGUACCGCAGUGGGAUCAACUGCUCAAUCUGAAGGUGUGGGCGGACGCGGCCGUACAAAUUUUCUUCUCACUCGGACCCGGUUGGGGCGGGAUCGUAAACAUGGCCAGCUACAACCAGUUCAAGAACAACGGCAAACUCGAUUCGAUCUUCAUCCCGAUCGUCAACUGCGGGACGAGCAUUUUGGCCGGGUUCGUCGUGUUUUCCGUACUGGGCUUUUUCUCGCAUCAAACUGGUCUUCCGGUGGCUAGAGCUGCAACCGGUGGACCUGGGUUAGCUUUCAUCACCUACCCGGAGGCGAUCAGUAUGCUUCCCCUGGCUCCCUUGUGGGCUUGCCUAUUCUUUAGCAUGCUGUUUCUGCUGGGAAUAGAUAGUAUGUUCGUGCAAAUCGAGGCCAUUAUAUCCUCGGUUCUGGAUGUAUUUCCGUCGCUGCGUGCCAAGAAAUUGCUCAUCACCGCCAGCACUUGUGGGCUGCUCUUUCUGCUCUCGAUAUCUUGCGUCACAAGGGGUGGAAUGUAUCUGAUACAGCUGCUGGACUGGUACUCGGCCUCGAUUUCGGUGAUACUGGUUUGCAUCGUGGAGGUCAUCGCUGUGGCGUGGAUCUACGGCUGUGGCAACUUUGUCCGUGACGUGCAAUUUAUGAUCGACCGGAAGGUCGAGCAGUACUGGAUCGUUGCGUGGAAGUUUGUCACACCGGUCGUGUUGACUUUUAUUUUCUUCACCACGAUCGCUUACAAUACAGAGGUAUCUUAUGGGACUGGUGGAAUCUAUCCCCGCUGGGCUAUAAAACUCGGAUGGGCUAGCAGCUUUCUGUCAAUGUUUUGUAUUCCUGCAUAUAUCGUUUUCAAGCUGGCAUUUGCAGAGGGAUCGUUACUAAGGCGCGUAAGGGAGCAGCUGAAACCUCAAGACUGGGGUCCGGCUGAUGCCGAUCAGCGGGCGUUGUGGAUCGAUCACGUUCAGUGCAUGCAGAAAGCCUAGUUAUUUUAUUGUAAGUUUUGUGAAGAUUUUCCGUGCCAUAUGUUGAAUAAAAUCU